CAAUUCAGUCUCAGAAAAGGCAGCCAUCUUGUUUGAAACAAAGAUAGUACAGAGUUGGAAAAUUUUCGUACGAGUAUACAACUUGUGUAUACAGUUAUAGCCUCCCAAGUGCAUUCAUAGCAUGGUUCAGACGUGUGUCUCCUUGCACUCGUAGGAAUGGCAGAUAGGAGGAAGUUACAAGCGGAGAUUGACAGGUGCUUAAAAAAAGUUCAAGAAGGUGUAGAAACAUUUGAAGAUAUUUGGCAAAAGGUUCAAAAUGCAACAAAUACAAACCAAAAAGAAAAGUAUGAAGCAGAUCUCAAGAAGGAGAUCAAAAAAUUACAGCGGUUGCGAGACCAAAUCAAAACAUGGCUUGCAUCAAACGACAUCAAAGACAAAAGGUCUUUGCAAGAAAACAGAAAGCUCAUUGAAACACAAAUGGAAAGGUUUAAGGUAGUAGAACGAGAAACAAAAACCAAAGCAUACUCAAAAGAAGGCCUUGGUGCUGCUGCCAAACUAGAUCCUGCUCAGAAAGAAAAAGAUGAGGUGGUGCAGUGGAUACAGGUGGCGCUAGAAAAUUUAAAUAUUCAAAUAGAUCAGUUUGAAUGUGAAACAGAAUCUAUUCAAGCUGGUUCAAAAAAGAAGAAAGGCAUUGACAGGGAUAGAGGGGAAAAAUUAGAAGAACUAAAAAUGUGGUUAGAAAAACACAGAUCACAUGUGCAAAGCUUGGAGACAAUUAUGAGGAUGUUGGACAAUGAUGCCUUAGAACUUGAUCAGAUAAAAGCUAUAAGGGAAGAUGUGGAAUAUUAUAUAAACACUAACCAAGAGCCAGACUUUGAAGAAAAUGAAUUUAUUUAUGAUGAUCUAGAUCUUGAUGACUUAGCUGGACAGCAAGUAUUAGCAACAUCGCCAAGUGAAGAUGAUGCCCUAAGUAACAUCACAGCAGGGACCCCAACAUCUACAAACUCCAGUUCUCCGUCACCUAGUCCAAGCUUGUCAAAUCAUUCCAAGGUGGACAAGGCAGAAGAUGAUAGAAAGAGGCACAAAUCACAGACAGAGGAGAACUUGAGCAACCAGCGGGUAAUAAUAAAUAGCAAUCCUCCUACAACGCCAAAUAACAGGUUAUUGAUCACACCCACAAAGCAACCUCCAACAAGUCCCACAGAAGGAGUGCAUCAUGGAAGUGCAAGCAUGAAUCAUACAGUUUCGUCCACACCCAACUCUGGGCCACUAUUCAAUGCAGCUGCAAAUUCACAACAAAACUCUAUGCCAGGUAUGCCCUUACCACAGAGACCAAGCAGUGCUAUGCCUCACAUGACACAGGGGAAUUUGCAGAUACAUGGACAGUCCAGUUACAUUUUCAACCAGAUGAAUCAGUUGCCUGAUGGGAAACCUAAUGGCAACUCUAUGGAUCAUCCACAGCAGCAGGUGGCCACCAGCAUAGCAAACAUGAACAACAUCUUACCGAAUAGCAUAGCGCCAGCUUCAUCUUCUCACCCGCCUGUCUCACUCAGUAGUAGUUCUAUGGAAAGUCCUCUUAUACCUCCAGCCCCAUCACCUGUCACAGCAUCUAUGAAUUUGUUCAACUCUGGCCACUUAGCCAACUCAUUGCCAGGCAGUGGCUCCAGCAAUAGCAGUAGUAUCAAGCCAGAGAUGAUGAAUGGGCCAAUGAGUGCUAAUGGUGCUUUACCUAAGUAUGAUGCCUUGUCCUCAUUAAAAUCCAUGGCGCAGCAGGCAGUGGUCAGUGCAGGAUUACCAGUAUCGCAGACAGUCACAUCACAGCCUAGCUCAGUGACAGAGAGCAGUAGCUUACACCAGCCACCACCAGCCCCGACAGCCCCAUCACCACAAGAUUCCCUACUGCAGCAUCAGCAGCAGCAACAACAACAACAACAGCAGCAGCAGCAACAACAACAACAGACACAGCUACCGCAGCAGCAACCCCAGAUACAGCCUUCUUCAACGACAACUAUUCAUCUGAACCCAUUAUUAGGAGUGGCGCCUUUAGGGCCUCAGCCCCUUCAAAAAGAACAUUUAUAUCAGCUCGCAAUGCUAGAGGCUGGAUUUCAUCACCUGCCACACCCCUCAGAUUCUGAGAGACAAAGGCAUUAUCUCCCAAGGAACCCAUGUCCGACCCCUACACACUACCCCCAGACCCCACCCCCACACUCAGACACCGUGGAGUUCUUCCAAAGGCUUUCCACUGAGACACUCUUUUUCAUCUUCUAUUACAUGGAGGGCACCAAAGCACAGUACUUAGCUGCCAAGGCAUUGAAAAAGCAAUCCUGGAGGUUCCAUACAAAGUACAUGAUGUGGUUCCAGCGACACGAGGAACCCAAAACUAUCACUGAUGAAUUUGAGCAGGGCACAUACAUUUACUUUGAUUAUGAAAAAUGGGGCCAAAGGAAGAAGGAAGGGUUUACGUUUGAAUACCGGUACCUUGAAGACAGGGAUUUAAACUGAUGAUCUCCAACUUAAUAAUAAUAAUAAUGAUAUCUCCUUUACUGUUGUCCUAAAAUGUGUAAACUGAUAACAGCAAGGUCCACCUAUGACAAUGGUGUGUUGGGAACAAGGACUCAGAAAACACAGUUAUAGGAUAACUACAGUUUUGUCAAUCUCAGUUAAUUUUGUAGCACAGCAUCUUACUUGUGUCCUGACACACGGAUGCAUUUUUAAAUAACAGGAAAGCAUUGAAUACAUAAUUUCCACAAAGCCAAUAAUUCUGACAUAAAUAUUGACAUUGUGAGAAGUAUGGGAAUAACAGCUCUACGUUGUCAUGUGGGUUUUUUCCUAGAAGAGAAACCAUUGCUGUCUGCAAGUCUUUGCUCCUGUGGAUAAUAAUUCACAGUAUUUGGAGUUGAAGAAUUUUCAUAUUGAUGAGAAAAAAUCAUUGAGACGUAGCAUAGUGAUGCAAUUGAUCAAUUCUUGGUUUUUAGUAUUGUACAUCUGUAUACUUGUACACUUUGACCUUAUUUUUGUACAGGCCAUCAGAACUACAUGUGUAUAUAUGCCUCAACAUCACUCGUUGUGGGUACUGGGUUACCACACGCGUUUGGUGGAAAUAUUUGCUGUAAAUAUGAGGAUCACAUGUGGUGAUCAUGAGAUAAGCUAAGGAAGAUAAAUAAGAAAAAACUUGCUGAAAAAAGAAAUAAAAUAAAGCAAUUUCUUGUGAUAUGUUGUAUUUAAAAAUA